UUGCUAUGACUACAGAAACCAUGGUGACUAAACUAAACAUAAAGGAGAGCCUGCCUAGUCUCAGCGUUACCGAGCCUGUCUGUAGAUAUGUCUAUGGAAAAGAUAGCAAAAAUGGAAAAGCGUUUACAAAGGGCCAUGGCACUUAAGAAGAUGGUCAACAGGUGGCAAAAUUCUCAUAUUCACUAUAUGUGGCAGAUGACAUUGAGCCAGAGGAGAAACAUGUAUGCCACCUUAAAGAUGCAGGAUGCCAUGAUACAGGAAUUGGAACUGGCCAACAAACAGCUACUGAUGGUCCGUCAAGCUGCCCUGCACCAGCUGUUUGAAAAGGAACAUCAGCAGUACCAGCAGGAACUAAAUCAGAUGGGCAAAGCCUUUUAUAAGGAGAGACUCUGAUGACCUCCAGAACACUGCUCUUCCAUUCUCAUCGUGCCUGCUAACAGACCAAGUCUCUGCCUUCCCAAAACAGAUUGGGACCUCUCAUGGCUACUCAAUGUUGCCCAUGAAAAGCUAGUGAAAGCAAGAGUGACACCUUGUGGUCAGAGUGGGAUAUGCAGUAUUGAUGUAAAGUGGGAAGAAGACAAUGCCAGAACUGA